AUGACGAUCUCACUCAUCGCCAUCGGCUUCAUCCUUCUGAGCCUGAGCAAGUCCAUCUUUCAGGGCUUUGCUGAAGCUACUAGUCCACCUGUUCUUCUCAACUCCCGCAACGAUGUCUCCGCUCUCGGUGAUCACGAUCUUGAUGAAGGUCAUGAAGGCGACGCCGCUGUCAAGAUGAACCGCGCUGCUGGUGUUUUUCCGCGUAACGUCGUCCACACCACUACCGAGACUGUAACGGUCACUGUGUGCGAGACUACUCCUCCAGCAACUGUUGUUCCUCCUGUUCCUGGCACCACUCCCGUCGAAUCAACCCCUCCAGGCACCGGCGUUCCGCCUCCUGCGUCUAGCAGCCCACCUCCAGCUGAAAACCCUCCUGUCUCUUCAGCAAACCCACCAGCUACGCCAGAGACAUCCGCACCAGUCCCACCGCCAGCAACCCCAGCUUCUUCUGUGGCCACACCACCAGCCAGCGAAGCCCCACCUGCAUCUGAGACUACCGGCAAUCCACCUCCACCAGCUUCUUCUGGGUCUACAACUAUCACUGUGCCAGCUGAGUCAACCUCCAUUCCAGGCACCUCAGGUGGUUCCUCAAUACCGCCCAGCAGUGCACCAUCAACUCGCGCAACUACCUCAACUGCACCUCCUGCCAGCUCGAGCGCCCCUCCUCCUGCGCCCAACGCUGGUGGUCAAAUUAACUACGACAAGACUGCUAUCAUGGCAGGAAUGAUAUUCGCUGCUAUUGCAGUGAUCUGA